GUUCAGACCUCUUAUUUCAUUUGACGGAAUCGUGUCGAGUGGAUAUUCAUAAUAAAUUUACUGAGAGUUGAAGCUGAAUUUUAUUGUUGUUUCAGUGUUGUGUAUGUUGUUUUUGUUUUAUUGCAUUCUUAUUCGGGUUUGAUCUGCUUCUUCUGGUAUCUGGUUCUUUUGGGACCUUACAUCGUUCUUCGUUCGUUUGUUCGUUGGUUCAUUUCCGUUUGUCGUUGGAUGGUUUUUUGGUUGAUUUUCAUUUUUGUUUUCUGUUUGACGGUUCUUCUGGGUAAUUUGACGUGCCGCCAUUUGUAAUAGCCAUCAACCUAUCAGCCACUAAUGUCAAUCGUUGACAUCCACAUCAUCGUGUGGUGUAGUAGAUACUUCUUGUUCUAUAAUAUUAUAGUCAAGACGCUUUCGUCGUGAUCGUCUUUUGAUUGAAGAAGAACAAGAGAUAACAAUCAUCAUCAUCGUCAUCUUGAGCUUAACUUAAUAUAACAACCUACUUAUGUCGUGGUUGUUCUUUUUUCUAACUGUCGUUGUCGUAUCGAUCAUCUUUGUGUCAUCCUCAUUAUCCUCGAUGUUACCAAACUUAAAAAAGUUGCAAAAUAAUUAAUAUACUAAUUUUAGAACAGUAAACAAAAUUACUCACUAAAAAGAUACAAAAAAAAAACAGUGCAACGAAUCUCCCGUGUGAUUCAUCUAGUCCUUUUGAUAACUGAUAACUUUGUGGGUAUAGGAUUUUAUUUUUGGUGUCCUCUGUGGCGUGAAGAACUCCAUUCCGUUCCACAACUAGGUACUUAUACGUCGCUCUGUGGAUACCUUUAUGUAACUCGGCUCGGUUGAUUCUAUAUGUUGAUGUAUGUGAUGUGUAUUAUUCCUUCUCUCUCGCUUUGAAUGGGAAAAAGGAAGUUGGAUUGCCCACGAAGUGCAACGGUACUUUAAGCCACACUUGACGCCCGCCAUCAUAGACAAAAAGCCCUUCUGUGUCUGUUUGAAAUUCUAGUACUUUUUCCAUGUAAUAUAGUAGGUAUACCGUUAUACUUUACUACCAACUUAGGGUUUUUUUUUACUGUUGUGUAUUUUUCAAUUGAAUUGCCGUCGCGCCGCGCGUAACACUUUUCUAUUGUGUGAUGUGCAUUGCACCAUAUCACCUAUAAUGUUGGAUUAUAAGAGAGUGAUUAACCUAUAGAUAGUAGAAAAAUCAUCAAAUAAUAUACUUACCGUUAUUUUGUAUUGUUUCAAGUGUACCUACUUUUUUAACUGUAUCUAUGCUGUAAGAAUAAAAUAUAUAUGUUUAUUUUGAGUGCAAUUGACAUAAUUUUAAAAGGAUAUCCAAACAAAUAUCAACGUAUAAGUGGCAAUUUUUCAAUUAUACUGAAAAACGAAAGUGCAUCAAUUAUAAUUUUUGUAAAAAAAUAAACAAAAUAAUUGAAGUGAAAAUUAAAGAAUAAUUAAAAAGAAAAAAAUCUUAAACACACACAACAAAAUAAAAAAACAGUCAUUUUCAAAAUUAACUUAUUCGAGUUUGAUUUUGAAACAAAGCAAUAAACAUUUUAUCUUCGGGUCUUAAAAGCAAAAUAAACGUUCUUCAAUUGGAUAAACUAUGCUCUGUUAUAGAUUAUAGCACAGGAUUUAUAUGGAUGGUGAUUCUUAAAAAUAAGAAAAAUAAUUCAAAACGUGUGUUCAAAAGUGAUAAAUUAAAGAAUCUAUUAAAAUAUAAAAAUAAAAUUUCGUGAGUGAGAAAACAAAAAAAAAAACGAAAAAUAAAAACAUAUAAAUUUGUUCAUAUGAAAAAUCACGCUUUCGUCGCCGUAACCGCUGCCAACGCAAAUAAUUGUGAUUUUUUACGAAUAAACGCGUAUGUCGUCAGCCACACUGGCCAAUAUCCAUCCGAAUAAUAAUUCUGGAGCCUUUGCGGAGGAUCCCGAACAUCACGAGGAUACUAGUAGUCUUCUAACUGAAUUAAAUGGCGUCGAUUUGGUUAUGAGUUUAUCGCCUAAAUCUGUUCAGCAGCACCAACAACAACAGCAACAGCAACAACAACAGCAAUCAGCACUGACAUCCGUUUCGACAUCCGUAAACGCCGCCGCUGCCGCAGCCGCUGCUGCCGCCCAUCACCACCAUCACCAUCAUCAUCAUCAUAAUUUGAGCAAUCUCCAGCACUUACAAAAUCUGCACCAUCAACAUCAGAAUACACUUUUGAAUAGCAGUCAUUCGACGCCGUUUAGUGUGACAGACAUUCUGAGUCCGAUUGAGGAAUCAUAUCGCAAGCUGGAGCUUAGCACGAAUCCUCCAUCGCCAUAUAGAUCAAACUCUAGCGGAAGUAGUAUAAAUUCACCUAGUGCUUUAGGUAGUAGCAGUAUGGCAAAUCCAUAUGCUAUGGGUCCGCUUUACCAUAGUCCUGGUGUUCAAAGUUAUUGCGGACCAACAGAUAAUUUAUCAUUAGCUGGUCAUUAUACGGAUAUGAGAAGUUCAGCUGGUUGGUAUGGUUCAACAGCUAAUGAUCCAAGAUUUGCAAUCUCAAGAUUAAUGGGAAGUUCAGCGGGUGGUUCAAUGGGACAUAUGGGUAAUAUGGGAAGUUUAGCGGCGUGCAGUGUAAGUGACUCAAAACCAAUGCAAUUUCCGUUGGCGCAACGAAGGAAACGACGAGUGUUAUUUACGCAAGCACAGGUUUACGAACUAGAGCGAAGAUUUAAACAACAACGAUAUCUGUCAGCGCCUGAAAGAGAACAUUUAGCAAGUUUAAUACAUUUAACGCCGACGCAGGUGAAAAUUUGGUUUCAAAAUCAUCGAUACAAAUGUAAAAGACAAGCUAAAGAGAAGGCUAUGGCCGAACAAAAUCAACAAAAUCAGUCAGCGAGUUCACCACGACGUGUCGCUGUACCAGUUUUAGUAAAAGAUGGCAAGCCUUGUUCGGGCAGCUCGAAUUCAACGCCCCAACAGCAACAACAACAACAGCAACAACAGCAGCAACAGCAACAAGUAGGCGGCACCAGUAAUGGCGGUUCAACUGGCAGUGGCAGCAGUUCUGGCGGUCCAGUGCCCGGUGGUGGUAAUUUGCUAACCGGUGAUGCUCCCCACACCCAUUCACCGGACACAUCAUCGACACUCCUGGCCACGUACAAUGGUGCCGUAUCCGGGCAUAAUGCCCAAAUGCUCCAACAGCCCUGCAAUAAUUCCCUAAUGUCAAAUAGUCUGGCAAUGGCCUACAGAAAUCAAAAUAACUUCAUGACCAAUUCACAUCAGCAGCAAUGCGGUGGCUAUUUGCCACUGCAGGGUAGGGCUUGGUAAUAAUUAAGUGAUUGUUUCAGUUCGUUUUUUAAUUAGUUUUUUAGCUUGAUUUUUAUUUUCUUGAUUUUUCUAAUUUUAAACAAAAUUUUCAAAAAAUUUAGUUAUUUCAUUUUUCAACAAAACAAAAAAAAUACUCUAAAAUGUUAUUUCAUAAAAUAUUAAUAAACAAAACCACACACACAUCACUUUCGAAUUUAGACCAAAUUGUCGGUCGUAGUUUGUGCUAAUUUAAUUGGCAAUUUAAUUUUUAUUAAAAUUAAUUUUUAAAAUUAUUAUUAUUAUAUUCUAAAAACAAAAAAUGAGAAGUUCAUAUAUUUAGAACAAAAAACAAAACACGAAGAAAAUAAGAAUAAAAACUCUUAAUAUUAAGCAAGAGAAAAUGUUUUUGUAAAUAAAAUAAAAUAAAAAAGAAAUUGUUUCGAAUUAUUAUAAAUAAAUAUAUAACUUUAAGGGAAAAAAGUAAAAUAAAAAAAAGAAGAAAAUAAUUAAUUAAUUAAUACUAUAAUAGUUGACAUUAGAUUUAAAAAUUUAGUAAAAUGAUAAUUUUUUGUCUUUUCCACUUUAAAUAUAAUGUAGUUUUUUUUAGGUCAUAAGCUCAAUAUAA